AUGCCUGCCCGAUCAGCUGGUGUUCACGGAGGGAGAUCAAUUGCCCGCACCGCACGGUCAUAUUUGUGGUUUGCCCAAGAUGCGGUCGUGAACACGCUUGCAAGUGCACCAGCCGCUUCAUGGCUGUACAAAGCACAAUUUCUUGAAGCAGUUGCUGCAGUGGUCAUACUCCCCAUCCACUUGAUAAUCUUCCGCUUGGAGAAAGCUGGCUUGAGGCCUGGACAGGAGAUUUGGCUGCUUUGCUUGAUGCCAGUGCUAUUUUCAACCAUGCGCUUGCCUUUGGCCUAUGCCAACUACUCCAGAUGCAGAUUGAUUAUAGCCAUGGGAUUGGAAGAGGAGAGGCUUGUUGGAGCGUUGCUGGCACACUUCUGCUCCCAGAAGAGCCGCUGGAGUUGUGCUAUUUCAGCUGUCCUUCUUCCAUGGUAUUUUUGCAAUGUUCUUUGGUGCCUUGCAGCUUUACCCUGCAGCCAAUACUCUGAAAUGUUUUUCUGGGAGAUGGCUGAGGAAGCUGCACCGUGUGAAGCGUUUAAUUUUACCUCAUCAUUUUUAUGUUGCUUGCUGACGAUGACAUUUUGCAGCAGACUUGUCAUGCCGCUGGCACUCCGCAUACGGUGGACAGUCCUCGUGCAUGCUCGGCUGCAAGAUAUACCAUCACCAGGGCUUUCGGAGGAGCAGCUGCAGCAGAUUUCUUCUGAUCUGGAAAUCAUUGGGGUGGAGAGUGAACGGGAAUGCAUUCGCGAAGAGCCUACAUGCCCCAUUUGCCUUGAGCCCUUUGUGAUUGGGGAACAAAUGAGACGUUUGUCUUGCACGCACGGCUUCCACCAGGAGUGCGUGGACAGCUGGCUCGCACGUAUUCCUACCUGUCCGCUGCGAUGCCCAAUUGAGAUACCAAACCCAACCCUGGCCCAGCGACGCUUCGCCGCCCAACAAGCAGGCUUUGGUGGUAAGAGGGAAGUAGAUGACCAGCUACUAUGGAAAUGA